AUGUCAGUGAAUAGUGAUAGUAUAAAAAAAAACAAUAUUAUUGUCAAUGAUCUUCCUGAAAACAAUGAUAAUGUUCAAGACAUACAAAAGAUUAAGAAAAGAAGAAGAAAAGUUAUUAGAUCAUGCUUAUUUUGUAGACAAAGGAAACUGAAAUGUGAUCAUAAUUACCCGAAAUGUAGUUCAUGUGCAACUAGGAAUAUUGAAAAUUGUGUUUAUUUAAGCAACGGCACAAAUAAUACACCUUCCAAUGCUGUAGAAAAAAACACAGCCAUUACCACCAUUGAUACAAAAAUGUCUAUUCUUUCUGGAAAGCAGAAUUCCUCUAUAGAUAACUUAACAGACGAUAAUAAUUUAAUGAAUGAAUACGAUGUUUAUUCUAUCACUGGAGCACAUGGAGUUUCAAACAAAAAUGUAUUGCUUAAUCCUUUACAAAAUUAUGGGUUUUUAUUUAGCAAAGAGAAUAAAGAUGUUUAUUUAGGACCAACCUCACUUAAGGCCGGGCUUGUUUUUUCUGAUAUAAAAUUUAACACCAAGCAGCAGAAAUUAUGGAAUAUAUUUGAAAAAGAACGCUUGCAGUGGAAAGAGGCCAAUUUGAGAUUGAUUAAAAAGGAAAUGAAAAUAGUGGAAAGAUCACAGGUUGGAUCUUUACUUUUGGAAAUGUGUUCUGUUUUACCCAAGUAUUCAGAGAUUGAGACAUGUGUACGUGAAUAUUUUAAUUCAUGUUACCAUUCUUUUUUCCAUAUUUUGGACGAAAGAAAAGUGCUGAAGGAUAUGGAAUCAUGUAUUAUUCAUGAUGAAAACGAUACUGUUAUUGAAUUAAAAUUAUUGGAAGAAAGGAAUUAUUUUUCACUUGCCAUAGUAUUGUACCUCGUUUUAUUUAUGCAUUUUCAAAGAGAAGCACCAGAUGCCAUGUUACAAUUUUUUUUGGCUUUAGAAGCUAUGUCAAGUGGGCCCUUGUGUUUUAUAGAAAGAGCCCAAUUCUUAAUGCUGAGGUUUUUGUUCAAAAUAUUCAAUGAGCCAUAUAUACAUUAUUUAUAUGUGUCUUCCCUUGUGGAAUCCCUAUGCUCCAUUAUAGUGGUUCUGGGUUUAAACAGAGACAUCAGGAAAAUUUACACGGGAAAAGAGUCUAAGAUAGGUGAUAUAGCUACUCUUGAAAAUUUGUGGUAUUGGACUUUGUAUGCGGAUUAUAUAACUUCUUUCGAGUUAGGAAAACCCUUAUAUUUUUCUGAUGCACAUUUUAUGCCAUCUGAUUUGAAAACUUUUGAAAGAGGAAGAUUACCUCUUUUGAAAAGGUUUCUAUAUAUUUCUAGAAAGAUUUUAAACGAUUUACUGAAGCCAACAGGCAUUCCAGCUUUAAAGGUUCAUUUACAAAUUAUAAAUAAAUUUAUGAAGAAAGAGUUUAAAAGAAUUCGGUUCUACACAGAUGCUAAAUUGGUUAAACAAGCUGAUUUAUUUGAAUACCUCGUACUGCUACCGCUAAUGGCAUUAAGAUUAUGUAUUGGCCAUUUUUUUAAACUUUUGUUUGGCACAUCAAAUACCUGGAAUGAAAAUGAGUUGAUCAGAUGUAGUUUUAAUACAUUGAAAAUGUGCACAACUCUUUUAACGGAGGCUGGUUCUAAGGAGAAAGUAUUAAGUUCACAGAGAAGUGAAUUUAUUUUUGCAAAACCACUUUUAAAUAUUGCAUGGGCCAUAAGAAAAUGUACCGUAAUUAGAUGUUACAAAGAUUUUUUUAACAACUUAUAUAAUACGGAUGGUGUGUUUGAAAAUUGCACAAAAGAUUCCGGGAAAAAUAAUUUAUUGGAUCAAUUAAUUAACUCGUUGGAUUCCUUUAAUGCCAAAAUCUGCUACAAAAGGUCUAAUUAUAUUGUAGCUUUUCAAAAAUAUUGUGAAUAUUUAGAUGAAUAUUAUGACGCUGAAAAUAAAACUAUUAGUAUGUCUACAAAUACCACUCUUCAAAGUAUCCAAUUAAAAGUUAUCGAGAAGUUGUCUAGAUCACUUCUUUCAGAGGCUAUUACUGAAAAUACUAAUUUUGAGGCAUCGGACCAAAUAAACACUACUUCUAAUGAAACCGAUGAUUCUGUCAGCAAUAUCACUGGUAGUCUCAGUGCUCAUUCUAUAGAAAUUACUGACAGUAGUCCGCAGCAUUUUCAAAAUAAUUUUAAUGAUCAAACUAUAAAUGAUAAACAAUAUUUAUUUUCUACUAAUUCUGAUUUUUUGACUUUAGAAAAUUUACUUGGUGAAGAUGAGACUGGAAUGUUUGACAUUUUAGAUUUGGAUUUGAAACAAUUUCUUUCUAUGUGA